AUGGCAAUUGACAACUCGGACAUCCAUCAUGGGGAUUUCGAGAAGAUAGCUUGCAUCGUUUUUGUUUCUAUUACUCCUGCAUUCCUCAUCGCACGGUUUGCAAGUAGGAUUUUAGACAAACAAGUUGGAAAUGAUGACUGGGCAUCACUCGCGGCUUUUAUCUUUACAAUGGCUUGCAAUAUUCAGACUCUCGUUGCAAUUGCGCAUGGUUGGGGCCGUCAUAAACUUAAUCUGAAUGCUGAGCAGCUUCGGAUAUGUCUCAUAUUUCAUUACGGAUUUCAAUUGACCUAUAAAUUGGCCGUGGGCUUCAACAAGGCAUCCAUCUUACUUCUCUACUUACGGAUCAUGCCCCAACGAUUUUACCGGGUCAGUAUAUAUAGCCUUUUGGCCGUCGUUGGCUUAUUCGCAUUUGCAACAGUCAUUGCUGGCAUCUUUCAGUGUAUCCCCGUCGAUAAAGCGUGGAACAAGAGCAAGCCAGGCCAUUGCUAUAACUUGGUAGAUGCCUGGUACUCGAAUGCCGUUUUCUCAAUCACCACUGAUUUCCUCAUUCUGUUUCUUCCUAUGCAUAUGGUAUACAAGUUACAGAGAGCCAGGCGGGAGAAAUUUCUGCUGUAUGCAGUAUUUGGAUUUGGAUUCUUUAUUACAUUCACUAGUAUCAUGCGUUUCUUCGCUCUGAAAUCCGCGAAGAAUCCUGACACCACAUACGACAUUACCUCCGGUUUCUGGUCCGUAAUCGAAAUCAAUGUCGGCGUCAUCGUCAUCUGCCUGCCUCCUCUACGUACUCUGCUCUCCCGUCAAUUCUCAUUCUUCAACCGCAGUCGCAGUCGAACCGAUGGCGGACCGUAUCACGCGCAUUCUGAUGAGCCCUCCCAGUUGGUGACAAUUGGCGGCUCUGGACCUCGCGGCCAGACACGCAAGAAAGGAGAACCAGAUGACAGUGAAGAAGAGUUGGUUACAGGAGAUAAUAGUGUACGAGUAAUGGAUGGAUCCAUAUUAAAGAAAACGGAGUUUGUUAUUUCUGAAAGAGGUGUGAGGGAAGGUGAUGUGGAUGAUCAACGUGUACUUAAACCUUGGGAGAACCCUGGUCGAUGA